AUGUCCCUGUCCACGAUUUUGCCCAACGCGGCUCUCGUAGCCCUCCCUCCCCUCUACGCGUCGCCGCAGACGAUUCUCCGUUUUGAGCCUCGGGUUAAAAGUUAUCGCCUUCAUAACUCCCCGCACUCGUCUUCCGUCACCUUCAGUCGGAAGGGUAUGCAUGUUGCACGUGCUGAGACAGUUGGGGUGGUGGUCAUUCUCGACCGCGGAGAUGACUAUAUCACCUUCCAGCCGGCUCGAAAAGCUUGCGAGUCGGCUCGAUUUGUUUGCGGCCCCAAAUGCAUCCCUUGCUUCCUUAGCCUCCUCCACCAGCGCGAACAUGGGUGGUACCUCGGUAUGGCGGUCGAGAUAGCUCGCAUGGAGGCCUCCGUAGUUGAGUUGGGGAAAUUGGUUCGGAUCAGAGGGAGGAUCACCUUGUAUCAGGGGUCAAUUCAGUUGAAGGUGAGGAACGUGUUGGUUGAAAACGAUCCCAACAUGGAGAUCCUCCACUCCCUCGACUGCAUUAGAUUGACCAAAGAAGUUUAUGAUAAGCGGAGUUCAUCUAAUCGUUGA